AUGUCCACCGAAACCCUAAUCUCCAUCGGCCCCUACAAGCUCUUCUACAGCCUCACCCCCCCCACUCCCCUCCCCAACCACUCCUCCAACCAACCACUCAUCAUAAUCAUCCCCGGCAUGGGCGACAGCCACCACAGCUGGAUCCCCUUCCAACGCCUCCUCGCCAGCACCAGCCCCAUCCCCGCCCGGAACCUUCUCUACGACCGCGCCGGUCUCGGCCAAAGCGACUCCCCACCCACCCCCUCCACCCCUCGAACCGCCACAACCAAGGCCCAGGAACUCAACCUCCUCCUAACCACAACCAACCUCCCCGGUCCCUACAUACUAAUCUCGCACUCCUACGGCGGGAUCAUCGCCCGAGAAUUCCUCGCUCUCCACACGCCCGAUAUUGCAGGGAUGGUAUUCGUGGAUGCCGAGAUGGAAGAUACAUCUUCCGUUAUGAACGUUCCCUGGGAAACACUCCAUUCGUUACUGGGUGAUAUGGACUAUUAUGCUGCUGUGGGGUUAGAUGACGAGAAUGUGUUCUCGGGGGAUGGGGAUGAGUGGAGGGAGUUGAAAGCUGAAAGUGAGCGGCAGAGAACGAAGGAUAUGAGUGAAAUGGAAGGGGUGGCGAGUGAGGAAUCGUGUAAUAUAUUGCGGGGGAGACGGCAGCUGGAGAGGAAGGUGUUGGGUGAGAGGCCUGUGGGGGUGCUCAAGGCGAAUUUGGUAAGGGAUUAUCAGAGGAUUUAUGAGGCGGUUGUUGUGGGGAUGGGACGGGGGAGGGAGAGGGAGAGGGAGGCGAUGAGGGGGUGA